UGGUCAUCAAUAUUCACUCAAACUUCUCCGUUCGCUGCAAGGCCUUGCCCCGAAAGGAGGCAACAAUUUGUGGUUAAAAAUGGCAGAGCUCGAGGAGGAGAAGGCUGAGACCGCUCCCUUCCAAGAAAAAGAGGUCACAGAAUAUCGAGUUACGAAGGAUGAUAAAGAAGAUCACGAAGAUCAGAGAAAUAGAAUUCGGGUAUUGAUCAUAGUGAUCGCUGUCAUAGUUCUCGUUGGAGUGGCGUUCGUGCUUGGAUACGUGGUCAGACUCGUCGUGCAUCGGUGUGGUGGUGAGUYAGGUCGAUCUGACAACAUGGAAAAGCUAAUCGAAGAGGCUGCAGAWAAUGUCUCGUCUUCCAACAUACAGGAACAAUUAAGAUAUUUUACCAGUGUCCCACACGUGCCUGGCUCAGACGAAAGUCACCAACAAGCKCAGCGAAUGAAAGAGGAAUGGACUAACCAUGGAUUAGACAAAGUAGAGUUGAUCAAGUAUGAUAUACUGCUAUCGUUUCCAAAGAAGAACGUACUACCCCUUGCAAGAAUUAUAAAUAGUUCUAGCGGUGCUGAGGUCUUCCGAGCAAGGCAGAAAGAAAAAACCGUGGAGGCCAAGGAAGAUAACGAUAAAGUCUUGCCACCAUUCAAUGCGUAUUCUGCAAGUGGAAAUGUUACGGGGCGGUUGGUUUUUGUAAACUAUGGGAGAAUCGAAGACUUCCAAAAGUUGAAUAAAUCAGGAAUCAAUGUAACAGGAAGGAUUGUCAUUGCUAAAUAUGGAGAGAUCUUCAGAGGCAACAAGGAAAAGUACGCUCAAGAACAUGGUGCCAUUGGUCUGAUUCUAUACUCAGACCCUAAAGACUACAGCCCAGGCGUCUCUCCUAACGACACUUAUCCCAAAACAUGGUGGCUACCUUCGUCAGGUGUUCAACGGGGGUCGAUAUUCAUGAAAUCAGGGGACCCCUUAACAAUAGGCUAUCCUUCUAUUGAGGGAAUGUACAGAACACCAAAGGAAGAUGCUGGGCUGCCUAAACUACCMGUUUACCCKAUCUCAGCGAGCGACGCCAAACAUUUCCUCAAUUUGCUGAAGAAUGAGAAAGCUCCCGAUGACUGGCAAGGAGGGCUGGAUAUGGAUUAUUACCUUACCAUGCCUGAUUCCACUAACCUCGAAGUGAAUCUCAAUGUACAAAUGGACUUGAAAACAAUGCCUGUCUACAAUGUUAUGGGUGUACUUCGAGGGUCUGUUGAACCAGAUCGUUUGGUAUUAUUUGGUAACCAUAGAGACGCAUGGGCGUUCGGUGCUGUAGAUCCAUCAAGUGGUACAGCGACAUUGAUGGAGACUGUGCGAGUCAUUGGUCGUCUGAAGAAACAACAAAGUACGUUACAUGAGCCAUCAUUAGGCCCUAUUACUAGACGUGUAUAUUUUUAG